AAUUAUCCAUAACAAUCAAACCCAUUCCUUCUUUAAUACAACUCCCUACUUCUUAGCGAGUAAGAAACAAAACCACCCCCCCUCUCUUUCUCUCUCUAGAAAACUCCUCUUUUCUCUCUCUUCUUUUCUUUACACCAAAAAAAAUGCAUAACCCCCAUAACCCCACCGUCCACGAAUCCGAUCCUCAGCUCCCACUAAUCAGAAUCCACCACCCGUCCUCCCCUCGCACCCAGUCCGCCGCCACACCCACUCCUACCGCCGGCGCCCGUCGUAAAAUCGGCGUCGCCGUUGACCUCUCCGACGAGAGCGCGUACGCCGUACGCUGGGCAGUUCAACACUACAUCCGCCCCGGCGACGCCGUCAUCCUCCUCCACGUCAGCCCUACCAACGUCCUCUUCGGCGCUGAUUGGGGCUCCAUCGAUCUCACCAUCAACACCGACCCUAACUCCGAAGAAGAAAGCCUCAGCAACGUCAACAACAACAACAACAGCAAUCUCAAUGAAACCCUCACAGCAACGCCUAAGCGGAAGCUCGAAGAAGAUUACGACGCUUUCACGGCAACAAAGUCCGCCGAUCUCGCGAAACCGCUUCGCGAAGCUCAGAUUCCGUACAAGAUCCACAUCGUGAAGGAUCAUGACAUGAAGGAGCGGCUUUGUCUUGAGGUUGAGCGUCUUGGUUUGAGUGCUGUUAUUAUGGGGAGCCGCGGGUUCGGUGCGGCGCGCCGUGGGAGUGAUGGGAAGCUGGGAAGUGUUAGUGAUUACUGUGUUCAUCAUUGCGUUUGCCCUGUUGUGGUUGUUCGCUAUCCGGAUGAUAAGGAUGCUGCUGAGGCUGUUGUUGCUGUUAAAGAGGGUGAUGAGGGUGAGGCUGUUAUCAAGCCUCUUUCUGUUGCGGAUGAACAUAAGAAAGAAGAUUAGUGGGAGCCAAUUCAUCACUUCAACCCUGUCUUCUACGCAGAAUGUAAAAUGCCAUCUUUCUCUUCCUGUCAGGUUGUACUAUUGAGCAAGUUCCUGGUUGUUAACUCUGAAAAGGUUAAUUUGGUUGAUGAUUUUGGUUCCUUUAAGCUGUUGGAAGGUUAUGUUAUGUUCGGAAGUGGCAUAUACUAUACUCUUUCAUGUAGAUGUACAAGUUUGCUGUGUGACCCUUUAGGGUUAUUUCCCAUUCUGUACUUGGGAGAUCGAAUUAUCUUGAAGAGCACUUAUUUAGCUAGUAGAUAAAUUCAUAGAGCUAUGCUAUUGUUAA